GUGACACGGCUCGCUCCAGCUGCUGACUUGACACACGUGUGCGGACUUCUUUCUGGCCUGGAAAAUGUAGUUGAGCGAAAUGUGAGGCAAAGUCGGACCUGCGAGUCCACUUUGGGAAUGUCCGUCAACCAGGAAAAAACGGGAUCGUGUUAGAAGGAGCCCGUCAACUGUGUACAGUGUGCUCCGAAAAGGACUGGGACAUCAAGGCCAAUGCAUUUCUUGGUGAUUUGCGCUGAAGACAUUUGUGCGUGAGAUCAAAACAUGAAGAUGAGAUGAGAGAUCCGAGUUUCGCUUUUAUCGCCUGUGGUAUUCACGUCUUGAUAUGCUAAACAACACAGAACAGGGCACAUUUCUAACCAGCCAGUUUUUCAGGUUCAGAAUGGCUUUCUUUUCUUCCAUAGACAGCUCUCUGGUCUUCAUGUUGGUCUGCCCUUCUUAACUACAAGUGCAGUCUUCGCAGAUAAAACCAAGCCUCCUCCUUAGUUUCCAUUUCCAUGCAGUGAGGUGUCUUAAUGGCCACCAGAUCAGGGCUGUCCAUAUGAGAAUGGAAUCGUAAAAGAGAAGAGCAGACACCGAGAAGAGUUUGACACGGAGCAAUGGCCUCAACCAAAGAUGAUGAUAUCGUGGAUCAGAGGCUAGCCCACAUGAAAGAAGAGGACUGUGAGUGGGGAGCACCAGCAGAUUUGUGUGUGAAGCUGGAGCACUGUGAAGAAAUAAUUUCAGCUUGUAAAGUGGAGGAGUCAAAGGGUGGAAUUGUGAAGAUUAAAGAUGAGGAAUGCGAUGAUUUCUCAGAAAAGCGUGAAACUGGGAGAAUGUUCAAGCAAGAUAUUUCUGAAGAAUCUCACUCCAGUUUACAGCCCUGGUUCGCUGAUACCCAGCAGAAUUCUGUGGACCUGAAACCUGAUGUAUCUGAUUUUGAGGGGAAAAUCAAUGAAGGAAAUGGGAGGGAAAAAGAAGAGAAGCCAUUUAGGAGUGUUUUAAUAAAUUUGCAUAAGACUGCCAGCUUCCCCACGUCUUCAUUUUCUCAGAUUUCUCCUCAUUGCAGACUGCAACACAGACAAGUCAAGGAAGAGAUGAAAAACUCAGUAACUGGAUCAAAGAAUUCCACAGCAGCCUAUUUCCAGUGUAAUUCUUUAACUGUUACCCAGCAAUCACAGACAGAAGCCAUCACCACUCAGCAACAAGAAGUAUGUAAAAUAGAUCAGAAGGCUUUUAAUGCCAGCCCAGAGUGUGGAAAAACUUUCAAACACAUAUCCGACCUUAAGGAUGAUGUUUCAGUUGAUGCUCAACAGAAGCCAUUUUCCUGUUCUGAAUGUGGCAAACUAUUUUCACGUAGAUACUGUCUACAUAAACAUGAACAAAUUCACACUGGUGAAAAACUCCAUUUCUGUUUAGAAUGUGGCAAACGAUUUUCACAAAUAAGCAGCCUUCAGAGCCACACUCGAAUCCACACUGGAGAAAAACCGUAUAGCUGUUCUGAGUGUGGGAAACAGUUCUACCAUAGGAGAAGUCUUCAGAAACACAUGAGUGUUCACACUGGAGAGAAACCUCAUUGCUGUACUGAAUGUGGUAAACGAUUCUUACAAAUAAGUAAUCUUCAGAGUCACAUAAGAGUCCACACUGGGGAAAAACCAUAUUGCUGUUCUGAAUGUGGCAAACGAUUCUCUCGUAAUGGCAGUCUUCGGCAGCACACACGGAUUCAUACUGGAGAGAAGCCAUAUUCUUGCUCUGAAUGUGGCAAGAGGUUUUCUCAUAGCAGGAAUGUUCAGGAACAUGCAAAAAUUCACACUGGACAGAAGCCUCAUUGCUGUCCUCAUUGUGGUAAAAGAUUUGUACAAAUAAAAUAUCUAAAACGCCACUUGAUUAUUCAUGCGGCAGAGAAACCGUACUGUUGUUUGGAAUGUGGCAAAAGGUUUUUCCACCGAAGCAGCCUUCAGGACCAUGCAAAAAAUCACACUGGAGAAAAGCCUCAUGCCUGUUCUGAGUGUGGGAAGAGAUUCUUACAAGUACGGUAUCUGAAACGCCACUUCAGAAUUCAUACUGGAGAGAAAACAUAUUGUUGUAGUGAAUGCAGCAAACAGUUCUUUGAUGCGAGCCAACUUCAGAGACACAUGCGAAUUCACACUGGAGAGAAACCUCAUUGUUGCUUGGAAUGUGGCAAGCGAUUCUCGCAAAAAGGUUCUCUUCACAAGCACACAAGAGUCCAUACAAGAGAGAAACCUCACUGCUGUUCUGAAUGUGGGAAGAGAUUCACUGACACAUACAGUCUGCAAUGCCACAUCAGAAUUCAUACAGGAGAGAAACCAUAUUGUUGUCCUGAAUGUGGGGAAAGGUUUUCACGCAGAAGUGCCCUUCGUAAUCAUGUAAGAAUCCAUAUCGACAAGAAACCUCAUAGUUGUUAGGAAUGUAGCCAGUGCUUCUGCGGUGUCUUCAGAAAUACACAAGCAUGCACACUGUAGAAAUGCCAAGGUAUUCAAUCUGAGAAUGUGCCAGGUGUGAAGUGAAAGCAAUGAAUUUGGGACAGUGGUGCUGGGAGUAACAGGACUCAUCCAGACAAACGUCUAGGCCCACCUUGACCCACCACAAAUUAUCACGGAUCUCUAUGAACUGCUGAAGAAGGCUUUAGUAUGAACAAUCUAGAUACUGCAGGUUUAAGGGAAUAACAAUGACUGCCAUAGAACACAAAUGUCAGGACUGAAGAGUGGUGUCUACUUCUGUCUAACCCAUUUGAACAAUUUAACCUCCAGAAAAGUCUUAUUGUUAUUGUCAAUGGUGUCCUCACUGUCACAAUGGAAUUACCAAUAUCAUACAGUGUGAGGUACCAGAUUCUAUUUAAUAAUAAUAAUAAAAAUAAUAUAUAAUAAUAAUAAUAAUAAUUCGCCCUUAAAGUAACACUCCACAUAAUAGUAUUUUUUAUAUGUAUUACUUACCCCAUGUUGUUUACUAUGACGGCCAAGAAAAAAAAACCUCCUGUUUAUCAUAAGGAAUGGAGAUGAGAAAAUUUUAAUACAAGUCCAUGGUGACCAAGGCUGUACAAUUGUAAAUGAUGUAUAUAUAUAUAAAAAAAAAAGAAAUAGAAAAUUCUGCAUUGCUCGUGUUGUAUAAGCCACAUAUCAGUUGUCCAGUUGUGUACUCCAAAUGUACAAAAUGUAUGCAUUAUUGCUGUGCACCCCUCACCCCCC